AUGGCCUCACAGAACGCCGACCCCGCCGCCGUGUCCAGCGCAGCCGCCCGCAAAGCGGCUGAGACCGGGGCCACGGCGGCCCGCGGCGCGGUGGGGAAGAGGCUGCAGCAAGAGCUGAUGGCAUUGAUGAUGUCCGGUGACAAAGGCAUUUCUGCCUUCCCCGAGUCCGACAACCUCUUCAAGUGGAUCGGGACCAUUGACGGCGCCGCCGGGACGGCCUACGAGGAGCUGCGGUACAAGCUGUCACUGGAGUUCCCCAGUGGGUACCCCUACACAGCACCCACCGUGCGGUUCCUGACCCCCUGCUACCACCCCAACGUCGACACCCAGGGCAACAUCUGCCUCGACAUCCUCAAGGAAAAGUGGUCAGCACUGUAUGAUGUCCGCACCAUCCUGCUCUCCAUACAGAGCCUGCUGGCAGAGCCAAACAUCGAGAGCCCUCUGAACACACAUGCUGCUGAGCUCUGGAACAACCAAGUUGCCUACAAGAAGUAUGUGCGGGAGACGUACAACAAGCAGACCAAGAGCCAGGAGACCUGACCAUCACCA